UUCCUACCAUAUUACAGUAGCAGCUUGAGCUAGCUGAUAGAACAAAGUUUGUCAAGUUUUAGUUAUGCUUGAGAGACCGAAGCAGCUGUGAUAUCAAGGCCCAAGAUGAGCGCAACUCCUGAUCUCUCUGAGGAGCUCACCAAGGCUGCAAUGUGGGGCAACCUGAAGCUACUCGAGAGCCUACUAGAAGCUGGAGCUAACCCCAACUUUCCUAACUCCAGAGGCGACAGUCCACUUCACGAGGCUGCUUAUUAUGGGGAGACUGACUGUGCUAGCUGUCUGCUCAAGUUUAAGGCUGAUGUCAAUCGGCCUGGUAACGGUGGGAAAACCCCUCUCCACAAGGCAGUCAGUGGCGUCCUUGGACAGGUGCCACAGAAUAGGGAGAAUGAAGGCAAGAUCCAUGACAACCAGAUGAGCAUAGUCCAACUGCUUGUGUCCCAUGGUGCCGACCUCAAGAUCAGUGACCACACAGGGUUCACCCCUCGGGAACUGGCCAUGCAGUGUGAUUUCUACGAGUGUGCGGACCUCAUUGAUGAGCUGGCGAGGGUGCAGCUGCAGCAAGAGGUGGCACGCAUCAAAGAGAGCAGAAUCAAAGGUCUGUUCAGUGCUUGUGAGGGAGGUAGCCUGGAACUAGUGAAGGAUAUACUUCCCAACAUUCCCGAGGCCGUCAACGACUUUGUACUGAGAGACGAGAAUCUAUUCAUGUGUGCUGCAAGGAGUGGACAUGUGGACAUUGUCGAAUAUUUGCUCACGAUGGGAGCCGUUGCCGUGGCGAGUCGGGUAUCUAACACGACGGCCCUCCACUUAGCCUGUCACGAAGGUCACACAGAGGUCGUUGUGUGCCUACUCAACCGAUUACCAGCCCUACUAAUGAUCGAUGAUUCCCCAGGAGAAACAUCGCUACACAUCGCCGCUCGUCGGGGACACACUAAUAUCGUUCGUAACCUCAUCGCCGUGGCAACCCGAGGCCAGCAAAUCCGUUCCCGUGAGAACUCGUGCGAAGAAGAAGCUUAUCUCUACCAGAGCGACACUCUGAAGGUCGUGAUGAACGAAUCUUUGCCAGAAAUGACGCUGGAUGUAAUGGCAGUUAGCGAGAUGGAACAGCGGACUCCACUGCACGAAGCUGCCAUCAACGGUCACUUGGAGAUUGUCAAAAUCAUUGUCGACUAUCUCACACAGUAUCAGAAACCAGAGAUGCCGCCCCAAAACAGAGGAUUGUCGCCACACACAAAGUCAACCCCUCAAGGCAAGAAAACCACUCGCUGUGUUCCCGGUAUUGAUGCCAUUACGCUCAAGGGACGGACAGCUUUUCACGAGGCAGCCAAGGGUGGUUUCUUUGAAGUCAUGAAAGUGCUACUAGGAGCUGGGGCCGAUAUAAACGCUUUCAUGAAACUAUCUCUUGACACUGCCAUUAAUACAGACCUCACAGCCCUAGUGCAAGCUUGCCUCAUGGAGAAAAUGAACGUCGUUCACUUUCUACUACAGAAUGGUGCCACAGACGCACGCCUCAAGGCUCUUAAACGAACCAUCUCAAUUCCAAACAACGAAAUUGCGGGUCUUCUCCUGUGCUACAAUGGCGGCGUUAAGGAAAUCGUCAUCCAUACACGAUCCUCCAAAUCCAAGCCAGCAUCACCUCAGAAAGAAACGCCCACUCAAUUAGACGUUGUGUGGCGAAGCAAAAAUCUCCGCUACGUUUGUAGCGACUGGUUACCAAUGGUUACAAAGCUGCCCAGCCUACAAGAUAAAAACCCGAUCAUCUCACAAAUCGAUGUUUCGAGUAAUUCCAUAACAGAACUGCCCAUCGAAAUUUUUCGUCUACCGCAUCUCAAGCAUCUGGACAUUAGUCGAAACCAACUCACUUUCUUACCACUUGAAGAGAGAAAGAAAAAUAGUGGAUGGACAUGUAACUUGCUGUGUCAGUUUGAUCUGAACUCAAAUCAACUGACGGCUCUUCCAAAUUGCAUUUUUGGUCUGCCAGAGCUCAAAGAAAUCAACGCCAAUGACAACCAGAUCACCUAUGUUUCCACGGCGAUAUGGAGCUCUCCAAAACUACAGCGAUUGUUUCUUGCUCGAAACCAACUCUUAAUUUUCCCCACGACUAGACGAUUGUCAGAUAGCCUCUCUGAAUACUCGCCCACCAUGGAAAUGCUUCCAGAAGAUGCCACUAGUUUAGACCACGCCUUCUCACCGGAGGCUCGGGCUGGCUCUAAUGGUGGCCUGCAGGAUACUGGCUCUGUGUUUAUGCCCUACAAUAGCUCCACCCCUAUGACAAAAAACAGAACGUACUCGGAGCAAAGAGAGACGGUUAAAACUGAAACGGUCAUUAGUCGACGUCUGGAGAGUUUUCAAGAUACAAACAUUGAAGUUGAGGAGCUGGAGGAUCUAGAAACACUCGAGGAGGAUAAAGAUAUGAAUAGUUUCUGUUUGUUGGCACUCGAUCUCUCAGGAAACAAACUCACAAAUAUUCCAAUCGGGAUGAGCUGUUUGGCACCUAAACUGCAGAAGUUGAACGUUUCUAAAAACAUGAUAAAGUCACUCGGAAAUAUUGGAGACUAUCCCUUUGAGUUGGAGCUUCUCAACGCAUCUGAUAAUCACCUAAACACUGCCAUAGCACCAUCCCCCAGUGACUAUCGGAACUUUGUGCCCUGUUCUAGAAAACCGAUGUCGGUCGAUACAAAUUUCUCGUACAAACCUUGUUCCCAUCGAUCACACAAGAACCUUCGAAAAUUGACCACCUUCAAGCUCAACAAUAAUCAUUUGUUCGACCUGCAGCUGUUUAAAAUGAUUGGCCGAAAGAAAGGGAACGAAUUGACAUCGUCUUUCGAAGACUCGAUAUUGGAUCAAACAAAAUCACGCUCAAACACAAACGCUGAGCGCUACAAAUUUGCUCAAAGUCAAAUGUCACCACCAUCCAAAUCCCUAUCACCAGGCACUGAGCCCACUGCUCUGAGCUUGAGCCAGUCAAGCUUCCACAGGUCCAGUACAGUGGGUAACAAGAAUGACUUGAAAAAUCGAAGUACUACACAAGAUUCUGGCAUUAGCUCUGCCCUUGAUACAGCUAAAAGCAGCGGUUCCAGUCACAGCUCUGGCUCUAAGGACGGGACUGGAAGCCAGUCUGUUGUCAUUUCUCCACUGUUUCCACUGCUUUCGACACUUGAAGUGGCUCAUAAUAAACUGAAAAGCGUGCCCUCUUAUCUGUCACACAUUUCAACAUUGUCCUGCCUCAUCAUCAGUCAUAACGUAGAUAUUGACACACUUCCUUUGGAGCUCUGUAACUGCGAGCAUCUGUGGAACUUGGAGUACAAUGGAUGCCCUCUAACCAACCCUCCGGCCGUGGACCUGAACAAGUUCAAACUAGCCUCUGAUAAACUGCUCUAUAUGAAGUCCCUACUGCACGAUGCUAAGCCCAAUGAGAGCAUGAAGCUGAUGCUGGUGGGGCUACAGAAGAUGGGCAAGACCACCCUCCUCUCCAGACUGAGGGAUGUGAGUGAGGAGGCCACACCCUACACCACCUUUAGUCAGCGUAUCACUGGGGAAGAGCCGCUCACUGCCUCCACAUCCAAGAGGUUGUCCACCAAGAGGAAAGAGCCGCUGUCCACAGUGGGCGUGGACUUGGGUAUCUGGAAGUAUCGGAAAGACCUUGAGACAGAGUACCUCAAGACACGGAAGAAGGGAUCCAAACAGCUGCGUACAGUCACCUUCUAUACUUGGGACUUUGGGGGGCAGGAGGAGUACUAUGUAACGCACCAGUGCUUCCUGUCAGCUCGCUCCCUGUACCUGGUGGUGUGGGACAUCAUGCUCGGGCAGGAGGGAAUCGAUCAGCUGGCUCCAUGGUUACACAACAUCCAGGCCCGUGCCCCUGAUUCCCCUGUGGUGAUAGUGGGGACCCACUGUGACAAGCUUCGUGGGGAGGACAGAGAACAGAGAAAGGCGGAAAUGAACCACAUCAUUUAUCAGAAGUUCCUUGUUGGGCGUGGCCCUCAGCAGGUACGGGAGAUGGGGCUACCUAAGAUCUUGGAUGUGAUUUAUGUUGGCUGUCCUUCCGUUGGUCGUUUGGAUGGUGUACUAGAGUUGAGGAUGGCACUCUAUGAUAUUGCCUUCGCUCUCACACUCGCAGGGAAAGGUCACAGUGCCAAGUUGAAGCUUCUUGAGCAGCCCAUCCCUGCCAACUUCCUGAAACUGGAGGAGAAGGUUCGUGUGCUCUCAGUGCAAUGCAAGAAGGAGGAGACUCCACCAGUGCUCAAGGAAACACUCUUCAGAGAGUCUACUAAGGAUGUGAUUGCUAACCCCAGAGAGCUCAACCAAGCUGUCACUUUCCUGCACGAGAAUGGUAUCAUGCUUCAUUACGACACACCUGCUCUGAGUCACCUGUACUUUGUGAACCCUCAAUGGUUGUGUGACAUGCUGGCUCACAUUGUGACUGUCCCUGAGGUGCAAACCUUCAUCCCAAGACAAGAUGGCCCUGAGGCUGGAAUUCUCCGUACAUCAGUCCUCUCUCACGUCUUCAAAGGCAAUGUCUUCCCUCAGGCAUACCGAAAAGAAUACGUUGAACUCCUUGGAAAAUUCGAAGUGGCCUUAUACCUCGAUCGCCAUCGACUGUUAGUACCGUCCAUGCUUCCUCUGAAACCUCGGUACACUUUACACACUUUCAAGAACGUAUUCCCAAGACCCAGUCUUGUGCGAAUCCUCUCAAUGUCUCCGGACACGAGCAAGUUGUUUAGUUCUAAUCUCGAGCACAGCAGUGACCUUGAACAUAGCUCUGAUAGCUGGGAAGGGCGAGUGGGAUCUCAACUAGCCGUGGCUACGCACAUGAGUGAGGAGAUAUUCCGAACAGGGCUCUUGCUACGGCGAUUUUAUUUCAUGACGUACGUACCGAGCGGAUUUUGGCCACGACUGAUUUCUCGAUUUCUAGCGUCGAAUGCGUUUGGAGAGAUUCUCUUGCGCUCGUUGGGUUACGAUCGUGAGCAGGUGAAGGAGGUUAUGGAGGAGCUUAUAUCGGGAGCUCAAACUGGCGCCGUGAGCCUGGAGUGGUCCUAUUGGAAGACCGGGAUAGAGCUUUGGUACAAGGGGUUCAGCCUGCUGCGUGUUUCAGAGAUACUACCUGGUGGGUCGUUUUCUAAUUGCAAGCCAAGCCCGUCCAUUUUCGAGCAAAAAAGUGCUUGUACACCUAUAGAGCCAUCUAUGGAUGCACAGGACUUAUCGUUUGAUCUGAGCGGUCACUGGAUGCCGGUGGAUAUGACCCCCUCUAGGGGUAUCGAGGUCAUCGUCCCCGAUACUGUGUGUCUGGCACUGCUCCAGAGAGAGGUGGACCAACUGCAGCCAGUGACACAACUGACGUCACAUGAUGUGGAUGACGGGUCACAUGACCCAAGCCCCGCCUACCCUCAAUACGAGAGCCACUGGAUGAGUGCUGAACUAUUAGCCCUAGCUGCUGACUAUAUAGACACACUCCUGGAGGACUGGUACCCUGGUCUAGGAGCAAGGGAGGGGAAUAAGACGGUGGAGUCCGUCCCCUACGUCAAUAGAGUGGUCCCCUGUCCAUUCUGUGUGAGCAACGCUGAGCAGCUGCCUCACCUGGAUGAUUCUGAGGUUUGUCUGAGUCCACUAGUUGAACGACCACCAGCUGAACUGUUCACAAGCUCGGCCAAAACCACACCCACUACAUCCGCUUCCAAACGUUCAACACGAAUUUUCUCGAAAUCAUCGCAGCACUUCCCGUCAGAAGUUGCUGGUACCUCACCCGAGGGAGGUCCAUCAAGCCACACCCCCAAAUCAAAGCCACGGAGAGCUUUAUUCAAACGCAAGAUCAACAGUGAAACUCCACCCACUUUACAUGAGGGUAGUGACAAACCCCUGGAUGUGAGGCGUACAAUGAGGAAAGGAAGUUUAGCGGACAUACAUGUAGUGAAAGUGAAAAGUAACAGUGAGUCAGAUCACGACCCUCUUGCUCUUUUCGAUGAGGCGUCGCCCCCCAGAGCACCCCCUGUUGGAAGUCAGGCUGGACUAGAUGUGGCGUCAAAGUUUGGGUUCAUGCUAGAGUCUUGUAUCCUAGCGUCACGUCAGACUGGUGUUCUGGUGUGCCCCGCCCACCCAGAGCACCCCCUCUCAGUGCAGCACAUUGCCCCAGACCUGGUAUUCUCAGACCUCCCCCGGAGGUUCAUUCUGGACCCUGCUUGUGUGGACAAGGGGGAGUAUGUGGAUCACGGUAGCUUUGGUGAUAUCUACCACGGCUCAGUCUACCCUGCCCCCUCCGCUACUGAUGACGAGGGACGAGAGGUGGCAAUAAAGAUCGACAGGAUGGACUCUAAGAAGUACAAUGCUGAGUCAGCAACAAAGGCUUAUGUUGAGGUUCGUACUGAGGUCUCGAUGCUCCAUCGUCUGGACCACCCCAACAUCAUAGACUUCAUAGGUGUGGUGCUACAGCCGCUGUGCUUCAUCCUGGAGUGGGCACCUAAUGGAAGUCUGUCCUCUCUCUUUAAGAAGUUCCGUAAAGUGGAUGCUCGUAUUAGUCCUAGUGCACUGCAAUCCACAGCACUGCAGGUUGCUUCAGGCCUGGCCUACCUCCAUGAGCGUAAGAUUGUGUAUUACGAUCUGAAGAGUCCCAACAUCCUGGUGUUCCAGUUCCCCAGUCCAGAUGAGAGUCUAAUGGCCACCCAACCUUCUGGCUAUCAGGGGGAGGAGCAAUAUCAACCUACGGAAGUGUUUGUCAAAAUUGCUGACCUCGGCAUCAGUCGCCAGAUGUCUCCGGGUGGAGUCAAAGGGUUCAAGGGUUCACCUGGUUUCAUGGCCCCGGAGAUACUCAAGUACGUGGGACUAGAGGCGUGCACGGAGAAGGUUGACGUGUUCUCAUUCGGCAUGUUCUUGUUUGAGCUCAUCUCUCUCCACUUUCCAUUUGAGAAACAAAAUAUAAUGGGAAUGCAAAUUGAGAAAUUGGUCAUCGAAGGAGAGAGACCUCCCCUACAGACCCGGGAGCUCAACAGUCCUAUAUUGUACCUGGACGUGAUGCGCUGGUGUUGGCAACAAGACUACCACCAGCGUCCCUCUGCUCAGCAGCUAUCAGACAUCCUCCCUAACCCCUCCAUUCCCAGACUAGUGGAUGCUGUCUCUCUCAAUAACUCUAGUAUCGUUUCAUGCUCCUGUAUCUGCACUCUCCCCAUCGAGAUUCUCCCGCCAGGGGAAGUGGGCGGGGUUUCAGAUCCCGGGGGCGUUGGAUUCACACCCCCUCAUCCUCACGUUGCUAGGGGCGACCUCCAGGAGGAGCUGUGGCUGUGCAUGCACAGUGCACUGGGGUCAGAGGUCAGAGUAAUCAACUUCAGAGGAAAAGCAUCUCAAUCAUUUCCAGUGUGCUCGGCCAAGAUAACGUGCAUAUGUGCAGUGAACUACUGCAUGUGGUUGGGCACUGACGAGGGGCAGUUGUACGUGUUGGACGCCAUCACUAAACACACGGUGCUGGACAGACAGCUGGCAGUGCUGGCUCAUCAGGGCAUCUCCAGUAUUCACCAUAUUCUCAGUAACAGGCAAGUCCUAGUCACUCGUAAAGAUGGAACCAUCCUCUUAUUCAACGAAGACAUUUUGGACCGUAAUAUUCCAGACAAUUCUCACUUUGACAAUCACAUUAACAGUACGCAACUUCCUGUUCGCUCGGUCUUCAAGACUCCAGAGAAACUUCCCAUCCUGUCCUCGACUUUGAUAACAGCUGGUAGUAGCCAGCGAAGUCUUUGGUGCGGAACCAAGUACGAGAUUAUACUGAUAUUCGAUAUAGCAGCGUCUCAAAUUGAGUAUUGUCGUAAAAAGUACAACAGGUCACGAUACGAGGUUGCAGAGAACGAGGAGGUGGUGUCGUUAGUUUCGACCGAGGGGGAGGGGAAGUAUGUGUGGGCAUUGACCACACCCACUAACUCCCUGUAUUGUUGGUCAGUGAGCAAAGAGGAGCUACUGGCAACCUUCAGUGUGGCCCAGCUCACACCACACCAAGUGACCUCUCUGUAUGCCAUGGGCUCCGAGUUACAACUGGCCCUUAGCAACGGACACAUACUCCUAGCAACCACAGCGGGCACUCAAAUUGUGGCCACCACCGAACUCAAAGGUCACGUUAAAGAAGUGUACCAGCUGCUCUCCAUAGGUGGGCGUGUGUUCCCCCGCCACUGGUUGCCUAGCAUCAUCGGACGAAGCAAUGCCAUAGACUAUUACAGAGAUCUGCUGGAUGAUAAGGACGUGGUGAGCAUCACCUCCACCAUGUUAGGUCACCAGACACGCCUCCUCGUGAGUAUAGGCUACGGCUACCUCGGCCUAACAGACAGACUAGUAGAACCCAUCAUGUCACAUAGGGACCGUCAAGAGAACUUCGUGUUGCUGUGGGCAACCAAUAGAUAGUUAUGUUUUUAUAGCGCUGGUAUUUCAACGUGUGCCUUCUGUCAACUUUAUGUUACGCUUGUUUGUAUUACGCAUUUCACAUUUUGUGCACUUAUGAUAACUUGUUUUUAAUACAAUUAAAGUCGUUUAUGAGGUAUCUGUGUUGA